ACUCGGGGUGAGAUUCAUUUUCGCGUGCGCACCUUAUUUUCUGCAGUAAUACCGCCCUUGUAUUCGAGGAUUGCCUGAGUACUCCUCAUUCAGAUUGUUCAUCUACCCCGUUUUCUGCAUUUCCCUUUCUUCAUUCACUCUAACACUCUGCUGACCUGUCGACCAACAACACUCGCCUCCUUUUUGUAAAUCCCACACACUUAACAUUAUCCGUACGCUAUGCCCGCCAGUCUGACUCGAAACCCCUCCCCCCCCAGCCUGGUCGAGGAUUCAAUCUUUACAAAGCACUUGGACGAUCCCCAUGCAAGCCCUGUCUCAAGGCUUCCGAGCGCCAAUGACCUCGUUUCCCUUGCCCCACACACCGCCCCUACCAAUCACACCAAGACAUCACAAGAUGUUUCGCCACCAACACCAGCAGGCAAGCUGCGAGUCGCUGUUAUUGGGUCUGGACUCGCUGGCCUGACCGUCGCCCACUUGCUCUCGUCUUUGCACUCGGACAAUGGACAUGGUGCCGUAGAAAUCGAGGUCGAGCUGUUUGAGAAGGCCCAUAAAUUAGGUAAGGAGGACCGAAGGAUUGAGUUGCGUUGAGGGAGUUUGUCAAUUCGAUCCAAAGCCUGCACUGCUCUGCCUGUUUGUGUACAGCCUCAAC